AUGAUGAUGAUGAGUGGUAGAAAUAACAAGCUGACAGGUGCAUUGCUACUUCUUGUUGCGGUGAUAUUUGCAGUGUUAGUGUUGUCGGAGUGUUCAUCUCGUGUGCUACAAGAUGCACAUUGGGAUAAGACCACGGUGUUCCUAAAGAAUGACAUAUCUGAAAAAGUCUUGUUUAACUUUCAUUGCUAUUCAAGCGAAACAGAUUUUGGAAAUCAUUCAUUGACAUACGGUCAUGAAUUCAUUUGGAGGUUUACGGUGAAUUUAUUUGGUUCAACAAAAUAUUGGUGUGAUAUGUGGUUUGAAUCUGAAGAAGGACAGCGUAUUCAAGGUGGAUAUCAUAUAUACAAGGCCACAAGAGAUAUUGAUUUGUGUGAGACUGACUGUCAUUAUUCUGUUCGAAGGGAUGGUGUGUAUGUGUAUAAGACAACAGGAUGGAAGAAUGAGACUGGUUAUGUAUCGCUGUUUAAGUGGCCACAAGUCAGCAAACAUUGA